AAUACGCACCCAUUGCCAACCCUCUUAGCCAAUCAGCUCACACACUUGGCGGUCCGUCGGCACCUUUGAUAACUGAAAUCCAAUUAUUUGUUUAUACAAAAGUGGCAGUGGGCUAUUACUUCAUUAAGUUGCCCGCCCCAUUGUACCGCCUAUCCCGGCCCCUCUUAUAAUGAACGCUAUUUUGCGAGUCAACAAACCCUCUUGCGGGUCUUUUGUGGUGAACUAAUGGACGGGGCCCCCUUUCAAAUCCACCGCACCGCUUCCUCAUUGGUGGGCGGCAUCUCUCAAAGGACUUAGACCGUCAGAUCAUUGGGUAGCGGCGAGAUAAAAGACUAGACGUAAUGCGGCUUUCCCUCACUGACUAUACACACACACACAAACAUCGUACAAAUAACAUGGGUUAGUAUAUUUCUCAAUUCAUAUACCAGUUACUCCCACACAUCGAGCUAUUUUCUUUUUCUCACUCCCUUUCAUUUCUUACCCGGCACAUUGUUCAUCUGAAACGAGUCACACCACGAUCAUUCUGCACUUACUUCGCCAAACGUUCGAGUUUCGAAAAUACUCGCGUCCAAGAAAAAAAAUCUUCAUGACAUAGGGCACAUGAGUUGAAGAGCGCGUGGAAUAUAAAUCAAACAACACGUGUAUCUGGACAUUAGUACAUUGAAACUCCCACCAAUUCAGUUGGAGAGGAUAAAGCAUGCCGAAAGGUGAAGCCUUAGCAAGAUUCCUAGAGCUCUCAGAAACCAACGUAGGAAAAGCUGGUCAACCUAGCCCCCUUGCAAUGUUAGCAGCAACUUGUCGAAAGAUAGGAGGACCUCUUACAACACACGAACCAGCCAGACACUCAGCUCCAGCACAGCCCGCCAGCCAAGAUCAAAAAGUGCUCAAAUCGCCAAUGCCAGCCACUGCAGCCGUGCUCCCGAUCUCGCAUGCGGGCAGGAGAUACGAGCUUCCCCCGACGCCUCCCGCUGAAGGUACUGUGCCGGUCCGUUGUGAUUGUAGUGGUGGUUUCAUGCAUCGCUUGCCCCCAACUCACCCGCCUUGCUUGAAGCAUCUUUGGCCAGCCGCUGCUCAGAAUUCAGACAUUGCAGCGAUAUCGUCGCCGUAUUUUACCGGACAUCAACAAGCUUUUUAUCAUCACGCUCAUCAUUCAUGUCACACGAUACCAGGUCUCCACCACCCAAUACCGCAUCCGUACUCGGCCUGCAACGCACCGAGCCCGCCUGUCACACCGUCAUUUCAUCAUCACCACCACCACCACCACGGACUCUCCCCCGUCUCCCCACCCACUAUCAACAUUCCAAGUCCCACCUUCAGUGUCCCGAGCCCUGUACGUCUAACUCCACCUGGCAGUGAUGACACCCAGUGGUGGAGUAUUACUCGCCAAAACCAACAACACCAUUUUACACCAUCACACAUCUCACUCGCCGGACAUCCCGCCCAAACCUUGGGGCUCUAUAAUCCCCACCUCGACGCUCGUCCCAUGAGCUCCAUCACGAAGCUCGCAGCACGUAGAUGCAGACGAUGCCGAUGCCCGAACUGUCUUAACCCGUCCAUUUCUAGCGAGCCCGCCAAAAAGCGACAGCAUAUUUGUCACAUUCCGGGUUGCGGUAAAGUCUAUGGCAAGACCUCGCAUCUCAAAGCUCAUCUGCGUUGGCACACAGGCGAGCGACCCUUCGUUUGCAACUGGCUUUUCUGCGGGAAGUCGUUCACGAGAUCGGACGAGUUGCAGCGGCAUCUCCGCACACACACAGGCGAGAAGAGAUUCGUAUGCCCCGAGUGCGGCAAGCGAUUUAUGCGAAGCGAUCAUCUAAGCAAGCAUUCAAAGACACAUGCUGCAAGAAAAGAAACGACGUUAAAUCCACAAGGCGAAGAACACGAAAACGACUCCGAAAGCGAUAGUGAAGAUGAAAUUGUUGAUGUGACAUCUGACUAACUGGGGACUGAAUGUCAAUCAUAAACUUUGUAUCUUCAGAUGACGGUAGAUUUGUACAAUAAAAUCUAUACAUUCAAUGAUUGCACAUUUUAAUGCUUGUGAUCAUAUUAUAAUUGGCACCUUCAAAAUAAGGGAAAAGACUCAAGAUAAACUUUAUUGAGAAAAAGAUGUAACAGGAAAAAAUGAAAGUGUAUUUUAUUAAAGUGUAUACGACUUCUCACUGUUUAUUUACCAUCGAGUGUAUGCAAACAGGGUACUAUAUUUCAAUGACAUGCGGUCGUUAUAUUAUGAUAUGAAUCAUUAAUGUAUCAAAAUUCACGCAAGGAUUGAUUUUUAAAAGUCAUUUAUCAUAACUUGUGAAUCAGUUGUAGAUUCAUCGGUGCAUUAUUAUGAUGUUGAAAGGCACUUUGAAUUCGCACUUGUUUAAAUCCAUUCAAGUACGAUGUACUUUUAUUGUUGAAUACACACACCAUCGCAGUGAAUGACAUUUAGGAAUAUAAUAUUUUGUUCUCACACAAUGUUCGGUACUAGUUGAUUGAUCAUGCAUUCAUGACACACACAAAAUAAUAAUCUAGUUCACUAGCUGUGAAGGUUUACAUUCCAUCAACCUUUAUAUGUAGUACAUCAAUGUGGCAGGAUUUUGAUCCCACUGCAUUGUGUCUCUCUUGCAUUAGAUCUGGUGUAAUGGUACUCACAUUUUCAUGUCAGAUCGUGAUCACUAUGUUAAGAAUUAUAUGCAUUUCCUGAGGUACAACUCGAGGUGUUGCUGGCAACAGUGUCAAAAUACAAAAAAUGUUUUAAUGAUGGAGAUGAUUGCCAGCAAACUUUUCCGUUUUUUCAAUGUAUUGUUUGUCUGGUAAAAAGAAAUUUACUCAAGUUUAACAUCUUCCCAUAUAUUCACAUAGAUAUCAGUAAAUUAUAUUUUAUUUUAGUUUAAUGUAUAUGUAAUUACAAUCUAAAUUCACAAUCAAACAUCCAGUGUGAACUAUUAAAAAUAUGAAUGUCACAAAAUUGACCCACGAAACCUGUUCACGAAGGAUAAUGAGUUCAAACAAAUUUUUUUCUUAAACGUCAGAACAAAUAUUUUCUUUUUAGAAUUGGAGGUCGGCAAAUUCUAGAAAUGAUUUUUUUUUUUUAAUUGACAUCACACAAUGUAUGUUUGCAAAAUUCACUUCCACGGUUGCACUAAUACCAUUUUCAAUGCACCGGUUUGAGCAAAUUCUUUAACUAGCAUAAAUAUAUCUCCUAAACAAUGUUUGUAUUUAUUUGUUUAUGUAUACAUAUUAAUGGAAAAAUGUGACUUGUAUCAAUAUAAUUUGGAUAAUCUCAAUUUCAAACAUCUAUAUUGAUCCUUUUCAUAGUAUUUUUUAUGGAAUAGAAUGGAUUUUAAGGAAAUUAUUUGUUGAUAGCAAGUAGUCUAAAUGUGACUAGGUCUUGAUUCAUUUAUUCAUAUAAACUCUGGGACAUCUGCUUUUUCAUUUAUAGUAUCAAAGUUAAAACUACGAGGAAAUAAAAGAAUAAUAAUGCGGAACCUAUUAAUAGUAUUCAGUAAUAUAAGAAACUACUCCUCACACGGAGCCUUUCCUUUUCAUCAUCAUGUUCAUUGCCAAAAUCUGACCAAGCAUUGGUAUGUACAUCGACUCAGUACUCGAAAGUUCUAUCAAUUUGCCAAACAUAUUUACUCAAAGGGCAAAAACUCAAAUAAGCACAUGUUUGUUUUCCUGAAUCUUUGUAUUACUUUGUAAUUCAUAUCAAUCGACAAGAGCCAAAUACGGAGCUAUGCCAUGCAGGAUAAUGGCACAAAUGCUGUGAGAUUCUCUUCUUAAAUGUGGAUUUACCCAUUGGGUAAUGACAAAGAUUGUUUAUUGAUAUAUUUUCAUUAUUAUAAUUGUGCAAUUUUAGAAGAAUCAGUUGUUGAAAAUCGACUUUUCUUGAUUUUUUUAAAGGUAAACAUAUUUUUAUAUUUGCCAAAGUUUCAUUGGAUUUUAAGACUUGAUUUGUAUAUAUUUGAUUGACUUUAAAAGUGCCAAUGUUUUAAACACGAGUUAUUUUUUGUACUGUGGAAAAAAUGACACAUAUUUCUUUUCUUUUAAGUGAAAAGUUACAUGAACAUUUUGCCUAAUUUGGUGCACAGUCAACAUGUUGUCAGUGCACAUUCUGCACUCAAUAAAACAAACGGUAAAUCACAAUA